AUGACUCGAAAAAGCAGCGACAGCAGUGGACGCUCAAGCAGCAAACAAGUUGCGUCAAUUGUUUCAGGAAAUGAAAAAGUGGCUGAUGAUGGUCAACUGCCGGGCGCGCAACUUGCGAGUAACGGCCUCGCGGAAGAAGAAGAACAACAAGAAGUUAAUAGCGGCCAGCGAAACUACUCCUUUUUCAGCAAGGAGUUUCUGCAACAUCGAAAAAGCAUUGUCAAAAGCUUCUUCAUCAUCAAUGGGACGCUAUGUGUGUUUGUGCUAGCUGUGUUUUCGAUCUACUGGGGCUCUUUCUACCACAGAAGCAGCAGGUACCGGAACUUGAAAAUGUUGGUGGUGAAUGAAGAUGAUCUGGUGGUGGAUGGCAUCGAUCCCGUGUUUGGAGAUUCAUUCACGGCAAUGUUGCGGACCCCAAUCGCGAUUGAGAAUGGCGAUUGGAGAAUUUUCAACACGGCCCAGUUUCAGCAAUUCGCGCAGCAGAACAAUGAGUCUGUUGAUGAGCUGAUUUGGAGGUUGGUAGAGCAACAAGAAUACUGGGCCUCGAUCCACAUUCGUGCCAAUGCAUCAUACAACUACGUUAACGCGUUGCGCAAUGGAGACACCUCGUAUAACAUCACCGCCAACUCGAUUGUGGUGAAUUACCAAGCUGGCAGAGAUUUCAUCAACAUGCAGCAAUCUAUCGUGCCGCGAAUAUUGCUCAUUGAGAAGUUGUGGCUACAACACCAGCCGCAAGUGGUGACCCAGCUAGCUGCCAAUGUCUCCAUGUUCAACUCAACGGCACAAAUGGCCAUCUUGACCCACCCAUUGACGUUCACCAUCGUCGAUAGUGCUCCCUUCACCGACACUGUCCUCGUUGCACCUGGCCAAGUUGGAUUCAUCUACAUGAUCAUCAUCACCUUUUUUGCAUUCAACUUCUUUGGCGAUGUACACCAACAAAUAGCAAAAUCUGGGUUGAACAAGUUUCAUUUCCUUAUUUACCGCUACUUGUCUUCGAUCCUCACGUUUGCCGUUCUCUCGCUAUUCUUUGGCUUGGUUUCAUUGGCUUUCCAGGUUGACUUUACCCUCAAUUACGGCCGAGCCGGGUUUUUGGUGUAUUGGGCCAUUGCAUUCUUGACCAUGUGCGCCGUGGGCUUGCUUAACGAGAUAAUGGCCAUGUUGGCCAUCAGUGUGUAUCCGCCACUAUUGGGAUUCUGGUUGCUUUCGUGGGUCAUUAUCAACAUUUCCCCCACGUUUGGCUCGUUUGCAUUGAUGAACAAUUUCUACAAGUAUGGAUACGCCAUGCCGAUCUACAACAGUUUCCUGGCUGCCAAAACGGUUUUUUUUAAAGUUUCAAAGAAUAGUCUUGGUCGCAACUUUGGAAUCUUGAUUGCGUGGUGGGCGGUGUUGACUGUUGUUUUCCCGUUUAUGCUCAAGUAUUUUGGCGAAACCAUGGCAAGGAAAGCUCAAUUGGCGACACAAGAAGCUGCUCGAGCCCAAGCAGUUGCCAAUCAGGAGAAACAAGAGUAG